AUGCCUUGCGCAGCCCGCAGUUUGGUUGCAGCAUUUGGCCCAAGCCGAAAUCAAAGUUUGGGUGCACCUGGUUCACAAGUCCAACCGCUCAACAUGUCGAUCACGAUGUCAGAAAGCGCAAUCAAGGAGCGCUUCAGGCUCUUGGACGUGGACCGGGACGGAGUGCUCGAUUUCGAAGAGUUCUACUCCUGGAUCUCAGAAGAUGAUUGCGACAUGACCCGAAAGAAGGCGACGCCCAUCUUCGAUCAGGUGGUCGAUCCCGAAACCGGGAAAGUCACCUUCACCGCGUUUGUCAGGUGCUGCAAGGAAGUCAUGGGCAUUGAAAUCGAGGAGGAGAAACCACCUGCCACACCACCUGUCGUGGAGCCCAGAAAACCUAUUGAUUCACCUGAUUCACCAUGGGAAAAAAUACCGCAGGCGCCUGCACCACAAGCGCUGCAAGUGCCCCCCAGCGAGACCACCAUGGUGAAGAAGGACAUCGUGGUGCCUCGCAAGAAGGUCUUUGAAAGCUUUCAAGCACCAAAGAAGGCAGCCACCACUGAGGGGACCAUCUCCAUUCGAACCAAGAGAGCUGGCAGUCUUCCAAAUCUUCUUGCCAGGCGUUCUUCCACUGGGAGUUCAGCAAGUCCGCCUACCCUGAAAUGGGAGGAGAACAAGAUCCCUGGUGCCCAUUUGUCACGCAUGGCGCCGCCUCUCCCAACUCCUGGACCUGGAUCAUACAACAACACGGUCAAGGAGAAGGUGCCUGGUGGAAGCUAUUUCGGUACUGGUCACAUCACCGUUGGCCUUGAACAAACUGAUGCAUCCUUUACCUUGUCGCAGGAGAAGCAGUCGUUUAUCAAGUACGACUUGAACAAGAACGGCAGCAUGGACUUCCAGGAACUCUGUAAACUCCUGAAGAAGGGAGACCCGAAUGUGACUGAUACAGAGGUCCAAGCACUCUUCAAUGCCCUGGAUCGUGAUGGGGACGGGAACAUCCGAUUCAGCGAGCUCACGGAAUACCUGCACCCGCCAGGUUCCACGUUCGAGCAUUCCACCUGGCGCAAGAAGCUCCGAAAUGCCUUCCAGCUUUCGCAGCCUGGACCUGCCGAUUACGUGGGCAACGACAAGAACCUGGCGGGCAAGCGCAACGCGCCCCGCGCCGUGAUUCCAGCGCAGAGGAGAAUGACGGACCAUGGCAUUAACCAGUUCUCACCAGGCCCCUGUGCCUACACCAGCACCGACACCCAAAGUGCGUUUCACAAGAAAACCUACUCCGCCACCUUCGGCUCCGCGCCAAAAGCCCGUGAUGCGCGCUCCGAAUCGCCGGGGCCGGGCGCCUACGUCCAGAACUUUUCGGUCCUUGCACAUCAGAAGCAGGGCCCCCGGGCCACCAUUGGCGCCGCGCGGCGCGCCUUGUGCUACGACGGUUCGGAGGAGCCAUCGCCAGGGCCGGCCACCUACGCGAGUGAGACCAAGUACAAGGUGAAGGGUGGAAGCUAUUUUGGUGUGCCUGGUCGCAUGAACCUACCGGAUUUGCCAUACGAGAAACGCGCCUUCACCAGCUGCGAUGUGGAUCGGGAUGGAACUUUGAAUGUGGACGAAGUCUUCACGCUUCUUAAGAAGGCCGAUCCAUCCAUCAGUGUGCUUGAAGCCAAGCAGAUUUUCGACGCUUGCGAUCAGAAUCAGGAUGGCAAGAUCGACUUCGAGGAGUUGAGGAACUAUCUCCAUCCGCCCAGCGGCAACGAAAACACGGCUCAUAGAAAACGCUUCAAGGACAUUUUCUCUGCGAAGUCGCCCGGACCAUUGGACUACGAAGCUUGGUAG